CAAAAUCCGAUCCCUUUGAAUUGAAUUAUCAUUUUAUCAAAAAGUUGUUAGCUUCAAACAAAAGGUGAGAAUCAAGGUAGAGUGUUCAAUUUUUACUUGAAUGAGUUAUUCUAAAGAUUUGGAGAUAAAUAUCCGUCUGAUAAUGUCAUGCGUGAUAACGAAUGUGAGAAUAACAAUAGAAAUUGUGUACAAUGAUAUUAAAUGAUUAGAUAACACAUCACUAUUAGUUUCAUGUCAUGUUUAUUAAUUGUAAUCGUGUAAAAACAAACAUGAUCAUUUUCAAUUCAAUUUUGGGAUUCAAAAAGAGUAUAUAAUAUGUAACAUUGAUCUGUAAUACAUCACACUUCUCCAAGCAACAGCAAAAGAAGCUCUUCCAACAAUGGCAUUCAAGUCGACUUUGAUCGUUCUGGCUUCAGUAGCUCAGCUGUCAUUCUUCUGCCAGGCCGUUGACUGCGGCUGUGGCUGUGGCUGUGGGGUGCCAAGAAUCUACAGUGUGGGAGACUGCUGUAACGGAGUGAGAAAGACAGUGAUUGUCAAGAACGACCAGCCAUGCGGCUGCGGCUGCGGCAACGCCUGCGGCUGCGGUAACGCCUGCGGCUGCGGUAACACAUGCGGCUGCGGCUGCAACAAGAAGUGUGGUGACACAAUUGUCAUCAAGGAACCCAGCACUUGUUGCGGAGCUUCUCCCGCCAUCGUCUCGUCGGGUUGUGGUCCCUUCUACGGAGGAUUGAACUCCUACUACGGAGGUUACGGUUGUGGAUGUGGAUACGCUGCCGGUUACCCAUACAACUACGGAUACAACGGUUGCGGAUACGGUUCUGGAUACGGAGCCGGAUACGGAUGCGGAUGCGGUUGUGGAUGCGGAUGUGGUUCAACUUGUGGCAAGAGCUGUGGUGACACCAUUGUCAUUAAAGAGCCCACCUGUAGGUGUUCUACCUGCUAAACACAUCAGACUGUGAUAUUUUUGUAUAAUAUUUAGUUUAGCUAUGAUAGUUUUGAAUAAUAAACUACAUAUUAAUCAAAAUCUAA